UAUUUUGAAACACUUCCUCCCUCACCCGGUUUUAUCACCUUUCACCCGGAUAUAGUUUCGCCGUGUUUACAAGUUCAGAUGAAGUUGGAAACAGAACUUUAGUUUGACAAGUGUAGCAUAUUUGGUUUGAUCUUAAAUUUGACGUUACGGUGCAACGGAACUUCGGUUCCCAGCAGCGGACAACAUGGGUAGAAUUGCACCGUUUUAUGAAGGCAAGUUAGCUAAUUCUGGCCCAUUAUAACGGUAAGCCAGAGCCCGUCUUAUUAGACAUUCUCUGGGUAAGCUAAUGGCUUGAAAUCCCUCCAAAAAUCAGAAACGGCUGCCGUUGCUCGCGUUAAAGAGCAGUAUUCAAUUCAUUAGCUGUCGGAAUGUGUGAGGGCAGAAGUCAGGACAGAGAAGUCUUGUUAAAUCGUGUGAUCCAUUUGUCCAAACGGCUAGGAAGAGCAAAGCAGAACUGCCGCGCCACAAAAUUACCCAGAAGUCAUGGUCUCGUUCUGCGGAGAGUUCUGACGACUUGAAAAUCAAAGAUGGCUGCGCCCUGUGUUCUGUAUAUUUACCACGAAUCUACCACCAACGAAUCAGCAGCAACAUCAGCAGCUCCCUUACCAGCAAAUGAGGCGUUCACAAGGCAACAGACUCUCUACCUCAUCGCCCUCGUGCGCCAACACAUUGAGGCAGAUGGGGAGGGGCGUCCAAGGUCCCUCACAGAGCUGAGUGGCCGCCUCAAAAAAGGCAAGAAGAGCAAGAAAGCACUCUGGGAAGAAAUGGCGUCCAAGCUGAGCAGCCAUUUCCAGCAGCUUUUCCUCCCAGAGAAGGUGUCCAGGAAGUGGACCACAUUAGUCGAGGGUUAUAAAAAGGUGAAGGACAGUAUUGCCGCCACAGGGAAGGGACCGGUGCGCUUUCAGUUCUAUGCUGAAAUGGAUGAGAUCCUGGAGGACCAGCACGACGCGGUGUCACCUGUUGUGGGAAUGUGUCAGGGUUUAGAGGAACGCAGGCCUGACGCGGUGAUCCCUGUUGUGGGAACAUGCCGAGGUUUGGAGGAACGCAGGCCUGACACGGUGGGUCCAUGCAACAUUGCAGUGCCCCUUGGCACGGCCUCCUGUGCGCCCUCGACCAGUCGACUUCCACCCAGCUCGUCCACGACCAACACUCCGUCUCCUGGCCUGUCCACUACCAACCCUCCGUCGCCUGCCCCCAUUAUAACAUCAAGGCCUGAAUGCCCCCUACCCACCCUGGGGGCUCCCACGCCACUAGUCCCCUGGUUGCCCCCUCCGCCUCAAGAGAAUGCCCCUACCCACCCCUGGGUGGUUCUAGAACUGUGCCGUGAGGAUCAUGCUGUAGCGUCCGACGAGCUGAAGCUCCACCUGGACAGCAUCCAGCUGCUGCUGCCCGUCCACAGGCAGGAUGGCAGCCUUGGUGAUUCAGAGACUGGCUUUACGAAGCUGGUUGAAACACUCCUCGAGGACUCCGAGGAGAGAAGGAGCUUCUUCCAGGUGCUGCAGGUUCUCAUGUGGGACUUCCUCAGGAGACUGGAGAAGCUGCUGCCAGUCCCCGAUCUGCUGCAGGUUGUGUCGUGGCUUGACGGUUCUGCUGCGUUGGCUGCUGACUGCACUGAGUGCAUCGCCCACCCUGAGAAUCUGAAGGCUUUAACCCAGUGCACUGGGAUCCUCCUAGGGGCAGACAUCACCAUGUGUCCUAGCGCCCCCACAGUGCUGGGGGGAGUCAUCGUCUCCCUGCUCCACACCGGACCACACAGGACUGCCACCAGGGGGCAGAUGGACACCACCACAGGGGGGCAGAUGGACAGCACCACGGGGCAGAUGGGCAGCACCAAGGGGGGGCAGAUGGACAGCACCAUAGGGGGGCAGAUGGGUAGCACCAUGGAUUGUCCUGGAGAUCGUUACCAAGACCACGUGCACAGGAAUGGAGCUGGGGACGAGUUUAGCUGA